AUGCUUGACUGCUUACCCCUGAACCAAGAUCUCACAUUGCGGGGUAGUACAGUAGUACCUAGGCAAGCCAGUGGAGAUCAACCUACCGAAGCGAUCCAACCCGCAUUCCAAGCACGGACAGACCUGCUGCCAUCUUUCACACUGGCGGCGCUUCGGGCACGGUUCUCUUUCCUCUUUCUCGCCUCCUUCUCCCUCUUCUUCCUCAUAGCCCUCAUGCUGGCGGUCCCACGAAUCUCUCCUCGCAUCUCGCUGUUCCUCUCGAACCUCCGAAACAAUCCGCCGUACACUUUCGCAGCUCACAAGAGCAGCAGUCCAAGUUCCAGCUUCGCAACAUCCUCCAGACCAUCCCUAGCAUCGACGGCUACGAGCCCCGCACGAACAUAUAAAGCAAUUCUCGCUCAUCCAACCAGCAUGGCGAUGGACAAGUACAAGUCGCCGCCCCAGGCGCCGCCCACCUUCACGGGCACCAAGGAGAGCAUCGUGGGCGAUGCCAAGGCCCUCUGUGACACAACCCGCCAGCUGCUGGACAAGUUGGUGGCCGAGAUCCCCGCGGAUGACAAGUCCAAGACGACCUUUGAGGCCGUCAUGGAGCCACAGGCAGCCGAUGAGAACCAUAAUGCACUGUCAUCCAGGAUUCUAGGCUUCUAUCAGUACGUCAGUGGGGAUGCCUCCCUCCGCGACGCCAGCACCGAGGCCGAGCGGAUCAUGGACGAAUUCGGAAUCGAAUGUGGGAUGCGUGAGGACGUUUACAAGCUCGUGGAUGCCACCUUCAACUUCUACGGUGGCAAGGACGGCAUCGCCAAGGCCACUGGCAUUGAUGGUGAGCAAGCGAGGAUGCUCGAGAAGGACGUCAAGGGUUACAUCAAGAACGGACUGGGUCUCCCGGCCGGCCCCAAGCGCGAUCGCUUCAAGGAGAUCAAGAAGCGUCUCAGCGAGCUGACCAUCCAGUUCACCAAGAACCUCAACGAGGAGAACGGUGGAGUGUGGUUCUCACCUUCUGAGCUCGAUGGUGUCCCCGAGGACACCAUCUCGACGCUCGAGAAAGGCACUGGUGAGAACGAGGGCAAGCUGAAGGUCUCGUUCAAGUACCCUGAGCUAUGGCCGACUCUCAAAUACGCCAAGAACGCCGAGACAAGAAGGAAGAUGUUUGUGGCGAACGAGAACAAGUGCGCAUCAAACGUUGAGCUGUUCCGGGAGGUUAUUAUACUGCGAGAUGAGGCUGCUCGUCUUAUCGGAUACCCCAACCACGCAACUGUCCGCAUUGAGGACAAGAUGGCCAAGACGCCCCAGACUGUGAAGAACUUCCUUAACGACCUUCGUACCCGCCUUGCUGAUGGUGGUAAGAAGGAGAUUGAACAUCUCCUCGAGAUCAAGAAGCAGGAUUGCCAGUCACGCGGUGCCGAGUUUGACGGCAAUUACUACCUUUGGGAUCACAGAUAUUACGACAGGUUGAUGAUAAUGCAGGAGUACGGCAUUGAUGGAAACAAGAUUGCCGAGUACUUUCCCCUCAGCAACACAAUCGCCGGCAUGCUCAAGAUCUUUGAGCACCUCUUUGGUCUCGUCUUUGUUGAGCUUACGCCCGAAGAUCGUGCGCGCAUCAGCCCUACUGGAAAGGCAGAGGACAUCGCAUGGCACGACGACGUCAUCAUUUUCAGCGUCUGGAACGAUGCUUCAGAAGGUGACGAUUUUGUUGGCUAUCUGUACUUGGAUCUACACCCCCGCCAGGGCAAGUACGGCCAUGCUGCCAACUUCAACCUUCAGCCUGGCUUCCUCAAGGCCGACGGAUCCCGCAGGUAUCCCGCUACUGCACUUGUCUGCAACUUUUCUAAGCCGACGCCGACCAAGCCCAGUCUUUUGAAGCAUGAGGAAGUGGUCACAUUGUUCCAUGAGCUCGGCCACGGUAUUCAUGACCUGACCGGCCGUACGCGUUACAGCCGUUUCCAUGGAACUUCAACGGUAAGGGACUUUGUUGAGGCCCCUAGCCAGCUGCUCGAGGAAUGGUGCUGGACGCCUGAACAGCUCAAAGCGCUAUCGUCGCAUUACCAAACUGGAGAGCCGAUCCCGGAGGAUCUGACCAAGGCUCUAAUCAAGACGAAGCACAUCAACGGCGCACUGUUUAACCUCAGGCAGCUGCACUUUGGUAUCUUUGACAUGACGAUUCACACUCCUGAGUCGCAUGAAGAGCUGAAGAAGAUGGAUUUCUCUUCUGUGUACAACGACCUUCGGGCCGACAUUAGCGGCAUUAAAGGUCCAGAGGCACUGGAUGAGCCGAGCAACUGGGGCAACGGCCAAGCCUGCUUCGGUCAUCUCAUCGGUGGAUAUGAUGCUGGCUACUACGGCUACCUCUCGUCGCUUGUGUACGCCACUGACAUGUUCUUCAGCGUCUUCCGAAAGGACCCGAUGGACGGUAAGGAGGGCAGGCGGUACCGCCACACAGUUCUGCAGAGAGGUGGAUCGCAGGACGAGAUGGAAACCCUCAAGCAAUUCUUGGGUCGGGAGCCGAGCACCGAGGCCUUCUACCAGGAAUUGGGCCUAGGUCAGAAGCAAGAGAAGCUCUAG